AAGUGAAAAUUUAAACCGGAGGGAAGGAAAAAAGGACGAAAUAAAGCAGGAGACAAAACGAAACCUAGCAACGGAUACUUCCCAUCAGAACCAGUUAGUUCCUCUGACUGGGAGAGAGAGAGAGACAUGGCUUCAUCACUGCUCUGCUGGCUGCUGAUCAUCAUCACCAUCAAUGCUGCAGACGGAUUCAGAGAAUAUUCAGCGGAUCGUUGUGUUUUUAACUCCACUGAUCUGAACGACAUUCAGUUCAUCAGAUCCUACAUUUACAACAAGAAGGAGUUCCUCAGGUUUGACAGCAACCUGGGGAGAUUUGUUGGAUACACGGAGCUGGGAGUGAUGAACGCAGAACGACUGAACAAAGAUCAGUCACAGAUAGCAGCGCUGAAAGCUCAGAAGGAAACCUACUGUCUAAACAACGUUGGUGUCUGGUACCAGACCAAACUGACUAAAUCAGUGGCUCCCACCGUCAGACUGUUCUCCACUACGCCCCCUGCUGGCCACCACCCCUCCAUGCUGGUCUGCAGAGUUUAUGAUUUCUAUCCUAAAACCAUCAAAGUUCAGUGGCUGAGAGACGGACAGGAAGUGACAUCAGACGUCACCACCACUGACGAGAUGGAGGACGGAGACUGGUACUACCAGGUCCACUCCCAGCUGGAGUACACGCCCAGGUCUGGAGAGCGGAUCUCCUGCAGGGUGGAACAUGUCAGCCUGAAGGAACCUCUGAUCACCGACUGGGACCCGUCCAUGCCAGAGUCAGAGAGGAACAAACUGGCCAUCGGAGCUUCAGGACUGAUCCUGGGUCUGAUUUUGUCUCUGGCUGGAUUCAUCUACUACAAGAGGAAGGCCAGAGGUCGUAUUCUGGUUCCGACCAGCUGAGCCCGGAUGGAGGUUCUGGUUCCGGUUUGUCCUGCUUCCUGCUGAACUGGACCAUCUGAACCAGAACCAGAACCAGAGGAGGUUCCAGUUCUCCAUGUGGGUCGGUUCUGGUUCUGGUGGCCCGGCUGCUUCUCUUCAUCUUCCUCUAAUCAUCUUCAUCAAUAAUCAGAUUUUAAUCUUUGAUGUUUGGACCUGAAAUAAAAUCAAUAAACCAUCAGAA